CUACAUAUUUAGCAAGACCAGCGCAGGGUCACAGAUCUCUCUCCACGUCGCGUCAGCUGCAGACCCACCAUCUGUCCUGCGUAUCUAAGGCUGUACUAAAUUAUGUUAUUACUAAAUUAAAUUUUGGUAGAUAUCAUGAAGGAAGUCACAUUGACUUUUCUCUCUCUUUUUAUCUCACGUUUUUGUGCUUCUUUCACGAAUUAUGAACCCAGACUCACCUUGCAUCAAGACAGUGAAGACAGAGUGCGGUAUAAUGGAACACAUAACACAGUGUUAUUUCAUGAAGAGGGAUCUGAUGAUAUAUAUAUUGGAGCAAAGCACCUGGUUUUAAGGAUAAGCUUAGAGAAGAAGCUCAUUAUGCAGUACUUUUCACUUUGCCCCAGGGAUGGACAAAAUUGGAAUGAGAUUUCUUGCAGCUACAUGACUACCGUUAUCCAGCAGUUUGAGGAUAGCCUGUUUCUAUGUGGUACUGAUGGACACACGCCUCAAUGUUGGAAGCUGUACCCUCCUGCGGAAAAUCAAACUAGUGCUAUUUCUGCGGGUUUCAGCGGUAGAGGGAUUUCACCGUAUUUCGUGUCUCAAAACCUCCUAACACUCGCAGCCGAUGGGGACCUGUAUGCCGCAGCCCCUCUGUACAGCGACGGCAGCCUGUUGCAGUUCCGUAGAAACCGUGGGAAAAGGAAGAAUACCUGGAUGUAUGAAAAAUGGGUGCUGGAACCUACUUUUAUAUCUGCUGCCUGGAUUAAACGCAAGGAUGACCCAGAAAAUGAGAAGAUAUAUAUUUUCUUUCGUGAGAAGAACUCUGACAGCAACCCAGAAGCUGACCCAUGGAUCUCAAGAAUUGCUCAAGUGUGCAAGGUGGAUGAAGGUGGGCCGAAGAGGUUCUUUCAGAAUACUUGGACAUCAUUCCUUAAGGCCCGGCUCAUGUGUGGGAUCCCAGAGGAAUCCUUGUACUUCAACCGUCUGCAGGAUGUUUUUGUACAAGAGGCUGAUGACUGGAGGGACAGGCGGGUCUUUGUACUUUUCACAAGCAGUUGGAACUCCUCUGCUGUUUGUAUAUAUUCGCUAUCUGACAUCGCCAGAGUCUUUCAGAAUUCCAGUUUCAAGGACUUUCAUGAGAACAUUCCAAAUCCAAGACCGGGAAUGUGUGUGGCAGACAGCAGGAAACUUCCAGGGGAAACCCUCAGUGUCGUUAAAGACCAUGCGGAGAUGGAUGACUGGAUCCAGCCAAUGAACAAACAAAGGCCCUUUUACAUCAGCAGUCUGAAUUAUACAAAGAUUGCUGUUGACAGAGUCAUGGGGACGAACCGUGAACUGUACAAUGUGCUGUUCCUUGCAACAGAAAACCGUAUUCACAAAGUCUUAGAGCAUAACUCCAAACCCUUUAUAAUCUCAGAAACAUUGCUUCCAAACCGCAUGGGACAUAUUCAGACUAUACAACUUGAUUCUAAGAAGAGGAAACUCUUGGUAGGGUUACCGGAUGAGCUGGCGCUGGUGGACCUGCAGAGCUGUCAGAAUUACAACCAGUCUUGUGAAGACUGUGUUUUGGCUCGAGACCCUUACUGCGCAUGGGCUGAGGCUGGGUGCAGGCCUGUCGACAACACUGAAUGGGGAGGCAUUCAGGAUGUUGCUGGUGGUAUAACAGAAAUUUGUAAAGGUUCAAAGACACGUCGAAAGAAACGUGACACACCAGAGAUGUUGUCAUGUGAUGUACCCCAGACCACUUACUCUGUUCUGUUGGAUUUGCCCUUUUACCUCUCCUGCCCCAUACACUCGCAUCAUGCUACAUACGUCUGGGAGCACAGCAACCAGAGCAGCAAGUGCCAGCAGGAUCAGUCUACCUGUUUGCACCUUAUCACUGCCGUGAAGGAAGAUAGUUAUGGAACAUAUGAAUGUUAUUCUGAGGAACGGGAUUAUACCCAAUGUGUAAAAGCCUAUAAGUUAGUCCCCAAAUUAGACAACACAGCCACGUCUAUUUCAGCACAGGGGGCUGCCAUGGCUUUUACUGUGUCAUUAAUUUCCGCGCUCUGCCUCUAAAGAUCAUUUCUUAUCACAGUUAGAUGAGGGCCCAUGCAGGCAAAUUACAGGCAUCUCUUCCCUUAUUCCUAAGAGCUUUUACCUGGGUCUUGUUCUAGUUUCAAACUACAAAAGCCCUGGCUGAUUAAACAUUAAUUCCGAAGGA